GGCAACGACGUGAUCGCCGCAGCGAUGGCAGAGCGCGGAUGACACAAGAACUUUUGUUGCGAUACCAAUUAUGCAGAAACUCGAAGCGCAUUUUCGCCGUCGGUGCCGCCGUGUUGUCCCAAUUGCGAGGCGCAUGCGCCGCCCAGCCCGCCCCGAGCGCGCACGCUGUGUGCUGCGCGUAGCGUGAUCACCUGCGGGUGCGAGGGCAAGCGAGCGAGGUUGAGCUGCAAGGGCUGAUUGUAGCACGUACUAGGAUAUUCGGGUAUGCUCUAGCUGGUGGCUUCAUGCGCACUAUUUUCCCCUGCGCUCAGUGUGUCAGGUCUCGUGAUCUCAGUUUUGUAGACGCAGCACACUUUAAAGGGUGAAGGGAGCGCCAGCUCGGGUUGUUCAACUUUGGAACAAGCGCGAGCGCUCCCCGCUGCCGGAGCUCCAGAACACGUCAGCGUAGCGGCAGUGAGCUCGCCCAGGACCGGCCAGUGGGAGCAAAGGCGGCCGGCUCCUGAAAGGUGCCGGCUGCGGCCGCAUCUGGCCGCAUGGACGACGCCGAGGCAGCCGAGCAGCAGCCUUCGCUGCAGGAGCGCGCUCUGGGCGGCUUCUGCAGUCGCUUCUGCCGGGGCCUCUACCUACUCUUUAUGCUGGCGCUGUUCGGUGCUGCCGUUGCCGUGCUCGUGCUCUGGACGCCGCCUACACCGACGCAGGUCUUCCUGGGUGCCGUGCUGUUCGCCCUGGGCGGCUGUUGCGGCCUGGUAUUCGUCAGCUGGGACAGCGUGGUGCGCUCGACGCGCCUCGGUUGCUGUUGCAUCUAUGCGACGUCCGUUGUGUUCUGCGCCGGCCUGCUGGGCGCCGGCGCCCUGCUGGCCGAGCGCACGCCGCGCUACGUGCGCGAGGACGGCCUCAUUCUUCUUGGCCUCGGCCUGCUUGGUCUGCUGUUCGUGGCGCUGUACGCACUGGCCGGUCGCCGCGCCGCUGAGCGCUCGCGUCAAGAAAGCGGAUCCUUCCUGGGGCAACUGACGUCGCGCUCGCGGCUCAGUUCUAGCUCGGCGGCCGUCGAGCUGUGCAAGGCACUGUUCACAGAAAACCGAGCAUUUUCGCCUCAGCGCCUGCAAGAGGAUGAGGCCAGCUCCAAUAAAGUGGUGAUGCUGUGCGUCCUCCGCUCUGACGCUGGCGGUGCCAAGACUGUCGCCUUCGUGGACGCAGAGGAAGGAUCCCCAGCUGCACAAGACUCGGAAUAUUUGCCAGAGGCUGAGCCAUUGCCGGAUGCCGAGUCUCUGGCAAGCGCCGAGUCUCCGGCAGCCACUGAGACGUUGCCAAGCGUCGAGUCCGCAACACACGAGUCGUCCGACCCGUCGGCGGUCUAAAGCGUCAUUCACAGAGACGGUUGCGGAAUCAAGUUUCGAGGUGGAGGCCUACGCAGGCGAUACACAUAGCUGCAACGGAGAGUAGUGUUCCUCGUCAAUGAGUGCCUUGCUUCAACGAAAUGGCGAACCUGAUGAGGUAGCGAGAGCACUUAUUAGCAGGUUCAACGUUUCCAUCACCAACUUCAUUAGAUAAGCUCUCACUCUAGUUCUCAGAAGCAGCAGCCUUGGAGAACCGAAUUAUCGAUGCGUAUACUGCCUGAGUUUAUUACCUUUGAGGCACUUUACCGCAUCGUAAUGUCUCUGCCGUGUCCGCAAACGCCAUUGUGAAUGAAGCUGCUGUCGCUGCCAGUACAAAAAGGCCAAAAAGGUUAGCUUGCUCGGCUAUUGAAAGCCCGGUUGCACUGUCGAAGCUCAUCUUAAAAGUAAGAAUUUACGAACUGCGUGCACGUAGCCGCACGCGGGCCACAGCAGAACUAGGCCUCGAGAAGUGUGGAACAUGGUGAGUUUAGCCACGACCCGUCCAGCUAUAAUCCGAUCAGAGGUUAUUGAGUGCCUGCCAAACCUGCGGCUAACCUUAAGUCAUUGUUGAGUGGCGCUUGUGCGACCAGUUCUCAAUGAUUCCAAUGGUCUAACUUGUACACGCUGAACUUCUACGCUCCUGCGUCUAGCAGUGGGCAUUGGUGGAGCCCUUUGAGGGGGGUAUUGUAUGCAGGUGUGAGUGCGAAGCAAGAAUUUGGUUUGAGCGUUCGCUGUUAGAGCGAAAUCUUGACACAUUAUGACUAUUGCAAUUUGCCAUUAAAGGCACGUCCCCCCGUGAGAUUGUAGUACAAAGGUAGUUUUUACAUCUUCUCGUAGCCUCGCGUCCGCGCAGAUAGAUCGUUGCUUGGGAGAAGCCAUUUCUGUGUUUCUUUCGCGACGCGCCUCUCUAGGCUAAUAAACUGGAAAACGACGGCUCAUGUACAAGAUCAAAAGACGAUAGUUGUGUAAUGGCCGAUGCGGGCGCAUUCUUUGUAUCCUGAUAGGCCAAAACUCGACGUUUAACGCAAGUCUUGGUGCUCUUCAAGCUUUACCACAGUAUGCGAGGUUUUUGUAGUUCUAUACCGACUUUUAUGUUGUUCAUAGAUUCGAGCUCGGCAACGUUCUAGUAAGGGCAAUUCCCCGGACGACCCUUAGACAGAAUAUAACGUUUUAGCGCUAGUGAUCUUUGACUCUGAUACGCACUGUACAAUCCGGGAAAAUCAAAAUGCGAAGGUGAAGGAGCACGUUAACGUUCAACUUUCCUUGCUUCAAAAUCUUGCUCCUCUGACAGGCUCCCAUACUCUGCAAACGCUUCCGAACAAGACACAUUUGCUCAAAGUAACUGCCAUAUCGCUUCCAACUUAAAGGCAUGUAGUACGUGCGACUCCACACCUCCUUACCCGUUCGUCCAUGGCACACUGAGCAUCUGACCGCCUAAAGAAGGCGCAGCAUUGCCCUACCACUAGCACUGCCGCACUGAUAUCGCGCUUACGUUACCGUGAAGAUUGAAGAAGGACGCCUUCGACAGCAGAAUUUGCAGGAUUAAGUGAGUGCAUAAAUUACAUCAUCCGCUCUGGUAUGGAGUUGGGAACGUUUUUCUUGCGCUUAGACAGCAAGUCUUUUACUGUGUUUGUAUAUAUAUAUAUAUCCUUUAACAGGGGGCCGUUCAGCAAAUUCUUGGUGUCAUACUUUGCCCUGCUGGGUACAUAUGCAAAACAGCACGAGCGUGCACAGUUUUCGACCCUGUAUCAAGUGCGGGAGCAGUGCGAGGCCGUUUUCCAUCGUCUAGUGCCAGUGUAUUCGUACCGAGAAACACUAGCGUUGUCCACCGGAGACCGCCACUAAUUGAGAGAGCCUGCCUCUAAGUUGCUGUAGGUGCCACCUAUACAGGAACCUCUCACUGUACACAGCUUUGUGCAGCUUUCACCUAUCGAUGCCUCCAAGAGAGCCAUUUGCCAGGCUGUGAAAUUAAAGCAUAUCGCCAGCGCAGCGAUAAGCUACUCAGUACAUCGAGAAGCCCCGAGUAGCGAAACCUUGCCUCCCAUGCUCGAAGAGUUUGUCAGUGGCAGGUGCAUUAGAUAGCGCAAACGUACCACGUGCGGCUCCUGCGCGUGGAGCAGGCUGUAACUACUCUCGGUUGUCUUGUCAAUCAAGAAACCAAACGGCAGCAGCCAGAAAGAAAAUACUAUGACGAGUGUCAGCACAGGACAACGUACAGCGUCAUGCUAUGUGUUCCUUUGAGCCAUCUCUCACGAGACCCUCCGUAUUCUUAGUGUCGCUGUCUAUUCAUUUCACGUUACGAGGAUGUCUAAUUGGGUUUACAGUACAUCAGCUAGGUAAGGUAUCACCACGAGAAGCUUUUAUUAGAAGAGUGGCGCAAUUUAACACGGCUGCACAAUGCGUUCGUCUUGCCUAUGCUUCGCGUAUGUGCGUAGCUUGUGUUCCUCUGAUAAUAGCUAUGCUUUACCAACUAGCCCAACCAGAAGCACUCCUACGAAAGUCUUAAAAGUGUCUUUUGGGUGUUCCUCUUAUUGUUGCUCACCAGGUGAUUGAGGGCACCAAAAUGCGGCAGUUGUUCGCCUACCGUUGCUGCAUCUCUGUAUAAGUUCUUGUUUUAGUUGCAGCAUGCGGAGUCAUUAAAACUGACAGACAUAGGCUUAUCGCGGCCAGUGAUUUGUAUCUGUAGGAACUAUUUCUAGGAUAAGCAAAUCCUUGCAAAACAUGAAUCAAAGCUACUCACUUUCAUUUAAAACGCAGUUAUAGCUUUUUAGCAAAAAAAAAAAUUGUUUGCGGUCACAAGAAGGGUGCGAACGCAUGGUUGUCACUAUCAUACGCCGGCAGCGCUUUUACAAGGGUACACGUGAGCCAGCCCAUUGUGCUUAACCAAUGUAUCACUCCGAUGAAAAUCUGCGCCAUGCCCAGGAAGUCAGGACAUCUGGCAAGGGUCGUGUUUUUUAACGAAUCUUUUCAUAUCCCAUUUCCUGUACCCUUUGUCAUCGGUGUUGGGAAGCGCGAUGGAUGAUGAGAAAUGACUGGAAUCGAAAGAGAAUUCUUACAAAAUAGGGCUGCUAAAGACAGUAGUUCUGCGAGAUUCUUUCUUUUCCCGAUUCCUUUCGUUUCUGAUUCACUUUUCCCGCUCCUUAACUACGAAUUUUAAUAUUUCUCCUUCCCUAGAUGACGCAAGCAGCGACAUACACUUUUACGUAUGACCAAUUGAUGAACUGUGCGCAGACACAGCGAAAAACAUAACGUGCUGGGCACGGUAAUCGAACCCCCUAACUCACUUCAUCUUGACAGAAAAUUCAAACUCUGGCCGUCGGAACCAUUCAACUACAGCCGGAAGCAGCGACCUGCGCGACGAAGUUUUAUAUUUGUGCUUACCUGGUAGAUUCUGGGACUGUUCGGGUAAAAAAAAAAAACAGCAAUUGUGGAACAUCAUCGUUGUUUCGAGACAUACUACGUCAGAGCUCUGAAGAUGGGUCUUCGUAGUUGAUAAAGCUCGCAUAAAUUUUUUGUUUAUAUAUUUUUUUCUGCGCAAGUUGUUCUUUCUACAAAAUAGGUAAAUUUAGAACAUUUGCAUGUGCUUUUAUACUUCCAACUUCGUACGUAAUUUGGAACAGCUUUUCGUCCGCAAUAUCCGCUACAUACACGAUGUGUUGUCUAGGCGGGGAGCUGUUUUCUCGAGGCCUUUCCGGUUCGUUGUCUGUGUGAUGAUUAGUUAUAAUAAAAACACGCACACUCACACACACAAACACCUUUCAUAUAAACCGAUUGUGCAUUCCGAUUUCUCGAACUUCUGAUUUAUAUUGCCAGUUUCGGCAGUUGCACACCCAAAUGUACUGGCGAUAAUCCGCUUUUUUUUUCGACACUUUUCGCUCCCUUGAGCAGUCAUUCAGCUUGUUCUUCCUGAUUCUUCUGUUAACCUUUCUAACCAUACAAGACAUGCUGACGAUAAAGUGAUGUUUUUAGCCUUGUAUCGUGCGAAUUGCAUUUCUGACGUUUGUUCUGCCGUCCUGCACUUCACGCUGUUUUCUGAGCAAUAUGCUCAAGCGACAAACUCCGCUUAAAAACUAUUUUGUGCUAUCACAGCCUCAUUUUGCGAGAGGGAACUGAUUUAUGUCUUUCAAAGACUCCGUUCUUACUGCUUGAAAUGCCGUUACAUUACAUUCUGGAGGUGUUCCACGGGAAUUAUCCCGUGGAAGUUGUAAGAAAAGUUAAUUUUUAUUCUCCUUGUCGAGAUGGCAAGCUUAAGAACUUGUUCUGCAAUAAUUUAAUUUAUCAAUGCAACAGGAAUACAGCCAAUGUUGAACGUCACCCUUGUUGAAUGAAAAGGAUAAUGUAAUUAAUCUGAACGCUUCCAAAACUGAACAUGAAAAAAAUGAGAGACAGUACAGAGACAUUUGAGCUAGAGACAUGCGUUUAUUCACUUAACAAUCAUGACAGCCAAAAGUUAUAUUACUAUAAUUCAGCUGUACAAUCAGGCGCAAAGCUCUGGUAGGUAAAUGGCUACGCAUUAGGAAAAUAGAACAAACUGUUCGUGGGCUAGUGCAUUUCGAGUAUAAUGCCAAGUGUCAAGUACAUGUUGCCCUUGAAUUGUGAAGUGUUCGCCUCGGAUGCAGCACUGUCUAUAUGAUUCACUUCAUUCGCGACAUGCAAUUUUUUACCAUGGAGCAGUCCGUGAGGCAGUAAAGUUUUUCCGUUUUGGCAUAUCUUUUAGCUGAAAAAGCUCUGAUAAAAAGUUGGAUGUCUACAGCCCUUAGAUAUUCGACUACAGAACAUCAGGAACCAGUUUGUGUAUAGUUUAUGCGUGAGUUUGUGCAUAUGUUCACCUACUAAUUUCAGGUUAGAGUGAAAUAUGAGCUGUGAAGGUAUCAUAGCUGUAGCUUUGGUACUUUCAGUACGAGUUAAUAAUGGCAGUGUGUCGCCCAGCAUGCUGCGAUAGGUGGGCAGAAGGUCGCCGCAUCAGCAAAGUGCAGGCUGGGCUACUUGCUGGAGUAUCAUUACUGGGUUACAUUCAUGCAGAACGCAUACUGUCAGUUGGUGUUCUUAGAGUUUCCUUUAUUUUAUUUUUUUUAUUUUGUAGUGCACGUAUGAUUGUCAGCAGCGCUGCCACACAAGUGAAGGAAAAAAAUAUCAAAACUACUGCACUCGUCCUUCGCCCUGAUGUGAAAGUUUGUUACCCUAUAUUCCUCGUGAUACAAGUUCUGUGAUGAAACUACGUUAGUUCUUGCGCGGUCCUGUCAACUUUGUAUUUGUCCUGUUGUCAUCUAAGUUUGUUCUAUGAGCGGUUACACCGCCCAAUUAUUUCGCGUGGUUUAGUCGUAGAGCGACUAUGCUGGUCGCGUGGAAACGUGCUUCAUCCGGUGGCGACAUGUUUCAGUGUGCAUCGUCCGCGAGAAAACCCUUUUCCAAUCAAAGUAGCUAACUGUCCCUUUUUAUACGAUGCAAGCUGUGCGAUGAUUCGAGCACGCGCAUACUCUCUGCAUAUAACUGCGCCGUGACAUAUCAGCGGCCUCCCCCCCUGCUGACUUGCACGUCGCGGUGAGCGGAGGUCACGUGGUGUUGUACUCGCCUCUGCUGCUCUCGGUCCCCACGUUUGUUGAGUCCUCUUCUUUCUCGACUACUUUUCUCACUCAGCAUCUACAUGAACUGCUCAGUUCAGGCAAUAAAGUUCCAAUUAGGA